CCUCUCCUUUAGUCUUGCAGAUGCUCAACACGCGAUUCGUGCGGGAGAAGGACAGUAAACGGUUUGGCGAGAAGAAGUUGGUCGAAAGAAAGAGGAGGAUAGAAACAUUGAGAAAGAUAGAUCGUGUCGUUGGUGAUGUUCGCGAAAUCGCACGUGGGAGCUCUCACCCCCUUUUGCCGAGGAUGCCAUCUGCUCGGUAUAUAUCGACCGGGGCCACUCAUCCUGUCGACAGUUCUCUCCGAUCGAGGAUAUGUCGGUACGUGGAUAUCCAGCUAGCUCGUAUCUUUAUUACUCCUAAUACUUUAUAACACAUUUACGGUUUGCUCUAUUUGUGAUUUAUACAUUUCGGAGAGUGACGAAGCUCGUGAGAUCUUUUUGAUCCGGAUACAAUUAACGACAGGAUAGUUUUGGAAUCGACACGCAGACGAGCGAGAUGGAUUUCUUUAAGUGGACUCUUGGAAUUUUGGCUCUCAAUACUAUGAUUAUCGUCAAUCUGGCAAACGAAGAGUUCAGUUUUUUCGAUAAAGGAUACCGUGCUCUUUACCGAGUUUACGAGGAAUGCCAACAACGUAACGUGGCCGUGUCACCAUGCCUAAAGAAAAAGGCUAUAUCUUUUUUCGAUAGACUCGGUCGUAUCGAUACUCUACCGAUCGGAGAGAAUUUGGAACUCAUCAAAGUUGCUUCUUCGGCGGAAAAUGAAUCAAAGAGCUCGACGAUCGAUUUGGAAAGCUUAGGUCGCAAUAGUGGUGUUUCCAAAGAUGAGAUACUGAAUGAUAUUCUCUUGGAUAGGAUCGCAACUCUGUUAAACGGAUUCAACGUACAAAUUCGUCUUCCAAAGACCAGCUUUGGUGAACUAAAACGUAGCAUCGAGGAGGGACGUGGUAAGAUGAAGAAGAUGAUGGGAAUGAUGAUGAUGGGUAUGGCCAUGAAAAUGGCUGCUCUGGUACCGAUCGCCAUGGGCGUUCUCUUCCUUCUUGCUGGUAAAGCUCUCAUCAUCAGUAAGAUAGCUCUGGUACUGUCGCUGAUAAUCGGCCUGAAGAAGUUGCUCAGUCAGAAGCAGAGUCACGAUUCUCACGGUGGAUGGCAGCAAAGUGGCGGUGGAUGGGACAGGAGUUUGAAGGAAGUGACCGCCGUCACGGAUGCUGACAGGCAGUACGCUCACAAUCUGGCAUACAGCGCAAGAGUACACUGAUGGAUAGUCGAGAAAGAGAGAAAGAGAGAGAGAGAGAGAGAGAGAGAGAGAGAGAGAGGAUGAGAAUUCUG